CGUAAAUCUGUAAAUGCUGAUCUGUAGCAAGGCCAUUAGCUGUUUCCUGGAAAUGUCUCUAUAUUAUCACAGCUGAAGUCCUCGAGUCCAGCAUGAACUGGGUGUCGUUUUACGCGGUGAUCAGCGGUGUGAACAGGCACUCGACAAGCAUCGGCCGCAUCUGGCUGUCGGUCAUCUUCAUCUUCCGGAUCAUGGUGCUGGUGGUGGCGGCCGAGAGCGUGUGGGGCGACGAGAAGUCGGGCUUCACCUGCAACACCCAGCAGCCCGGCUGCAACAGCGUGUGCUACGACCAGUUCUUCCCCGUCUCCCACAUCCGCCUCUGGGCUCUGCAGCUCAUCCUGGUGUCCACGCCGGCCCUGCUGGUGGCCAUGCACAUCGCUCACCGCCGGCACAUCGAGAAGAAGAUCCUCAAGAUCUCCGGGCGAGGGAGCGCCAAGGACUUCGAGAACAUCAAGAGCCAGAAGUUCAAGAUCACCGGUGCUCUGUGGUGGACUUACAUGAUCAGCAUCGUCUUCCGCAUCGUUUUCGAGCUGGUUUUCUUGUACAUUUUUUACUUGAUCUAUCCGGACAUCAAGAUGGUGCGUCUUGUGAAGUGUGACUCUUACCCCUGUCCCAAUACAGUGGACUGUUUCGUGUCGCGUCCCACAGAGAAGACCAUCUUCACUGUCUUCAUGCUGGCCGUGUCUGGAGUCUGUGUCUUGCUGAACAUUGCAGAGGUUGUGUAUUUAAUCGGUCGGGCGUGUAUGAAAUACUUUCAAGGAGCAGUGGGUGAACCCAAAGCGCCUUGGCUCGCUCAAAAACUGGCAACUUACAAGCAGAACGAAAUAAAUCAGCUGAUCUCAGAGCAUUCGUUCAAGCCGAGAUUCAACGCUGGGCGAAAGCCUCCCGCGGAUAAGAGCGAGCGCUGCUCUGCUUUCUAGACGGAGGUUUCUACCAACUAUCAGCCAUUGAUGGAAGGUGGAUGUCUGUAAUCAUAUUAAUCGACUGUCAUUAUCGUUUAAAAGGCCCCUCUACAUGUGAGGAGUGAUCAUGGGGGGAAACAUGCUGGAGAACCGUCAAAUACUACACAUUUGAAAAGUGUCCAUCUGGUCCUAAAAAGCAGAUAAGAUAAAAGAGGAAUAAUUGGGUUUCACACUAAGCAAACACUGGAGAGGGUAAACAGUUAGUCAUUUGCUUCUGUACUGAAGUUCAUAUUUGUGCAUAUAAUAUUUGACCGAUAGAGGGUCUAUACAGCACAGAUUGACCUUUCGUCUCAACACAAAAAUAAAAAGCGGCAUGGCUUGCUGUGUGGAAAGUGGAGUAGAUGGUACGUUUUAACCUUUUUAAUGUAUUAUUAUAUGUUAUUUAUUGAAAACAGAAACCCUCAACCAUUAGACAAGUUAGUUUAGAGAAAUGGAUGGAU